UCAAUAAAGAUAACAUUAAUCAAAAAUACACACUAUACAUUGUUAAUGUGGUAAAUGACUAUUCUAGGUGGAAACGUCUGGUUUCUAAUUAAAUAUCUCCAGAGGUGUAUAGAGGCCCAUUUCCAUCAACUAUCACUCCAGUGUUCUAAUGGUACAUUGUGUUUGCUAAUCGCCUUAGAAGACUAAUAUCUGAUCAGAAAACCCUUGUGCAAUUAUGUUAGCACAGCUGAAAACAGUUAUGCUGGUGAUAUAAGCUAUACAACUGGCCUUCCUUUGAGCUUGAAGUUUGAAGAACAAAAUUAAUACUUCAAAUAUUAAUCAUUAUUUCUAACCUUGUCAAUGUCUUGACUAUAUUUUAUAUUCAAUUUUCAAUUCAUUUGAUAAAUAAAAGUGAGUUUUCAUGGAAGACACGGAAUUGUCUGGAUGACCCCAAACUUUUGAACGGUAGUGUAUGUUCUGCUCCUGCCCCAAGAGAGAAAGGGGUGUUACUUUCAAUGAUCGAGUGGUGUUAUGUCUCCCAAACAGGCGCCAGCAUGGAUGUGGAGGAUGAGCCACUGCUGUUUCAGACCAGCUGGGGAGGGGAGGAAGAGGAGGAGGAAGAGGAGGAGGAUGGAGUCACGCUUGCGACAGGACAGAGGUGUUUCUCUGGAGAGACUGGGGAGUGUGUGCUUUGGAGGGCAGUCGGGUGGGUGUACACACAGCCCUGGGCCAGUGGAGUGGUUGUAGGGGUAGUUGUCUCGCUCCCGUGCGCCCUGUUUGCCUACAUGCUCCUCUACUGCCCUCCCCUGGACAUCGACCUCUCCUACAGCGCCUUUGAGGUUCAGAGUCACUUCUCUGCCGAGCGCUUCGAUGCCCUGACCAUCGCUGUGAAGACUCAGCUGGGGUCCUGGGACAGACGCAGGCGAGACUUAGAUGACAGCGAGUCUGAGGCCCUGAGGGAGCUUCUGCUGGAGAGGCUGAGCAGACGGGGAGCGUUCAACAGGACAGGACACGAGGGCCCGAGGUCUCCCUCUCCUCAGAACGACCCUUUAGAGACAGUAGAUGAUCAGAAGAGAGGAGCAUCAGAGAGCAGAGAUACAAGGACAGCGUUUGAUUUGAGUCUGGAGGAAAUGGGGACGCACAAGAACUCAAAGCACAGAGCCGCAGAGAGAUCACGGGAGGAGAACCUCACCAGGAGGCGCAGGUUUGCUCCCAAUUACUACCUGCAGAGCCAGGCUCUGUGGAGGAUAGAGCUGGUGUUUGUGGCUCAAGGGGAAGGCGAUCGCAACAUCUUCACCCCUGAACGCCUGCAGACGAUUCACCGCGUGGAGCGCCUGCUCAUGCAGCACCCGCAGUUUCAUCAGUUCUGCUGGAAGCCUCUGGAGAUGUUGAGGGAUCUGCCACUGGGACCGUCCUACUGCUCCCCACCCAGCUCCAUCCUCUCUUACCUGUACCCCAGUGAGAGGGGAGGGAGGAUAUACUAUGACGGCAUGGGCCCGGAUCUCGCUGAUAUUGAAGGUUCUCUGAGUCUGGCCAUCACCCACCCACAGUUCUACUGGUACGUGGAUGAGAGUCUGUCCCCUGAGCAUCUCUCCUCCUCCCUCUUGCGCAGUGAGAUCCACUUCGGAGCUCCUCUUCCUUCCUUCUCCUCCACACAGGACCGAGCUCACGAGCAAAGAGCACUUUUCAAAAACUUUGUCGUCCAGUACGCAGACAUCCUGGCAAAGCAAUCUACCAGCCAGGUGAAGGUGCUGUAUGGCGGAACAGAGCUGUUUGAUGAUGAGGUGAGACACACCUUCCACAAUGACAUGAUGCUGGCUGUCAUCAGUGGAGCUUGCAUUACUGUGCUCGUCUAUGUCCUUACCUCCUUUUCUGUGUUUCUGACUUUCUUCGGACUUACUAGCAUCGGACUGAGCUGCCUGAUGGCGCUUUUUCUGUACCAUGUUGUCUUUGGCGUGAGGUACCUGGGCAUUCUCAAUGGGGUGGCGGCCUUUGUUAUUAUCGGUAUAGGGGUGGAUGAUGUAUUCGUGUUCAUCAGCACCUUCAGACAGGCUUCUCAUCUGCGUCAACCGCAGCAGCGAAUGAUCUACACAAUUAAAACAGCCGGCCGAGCUACUUUCCUCACCUCCUUCACUACGGCAGCUGCCUAUGCUGCUAACACCUUCUCUCAGAUUCCAGCCGUGCAUGACUUCGGCCUAUUCAUGGCCCUCAUUGUGAGCUGCUGCUGGCUUUGGGUGUCAGCCCUGAUGCCCGCCGCUCUUUGUAUCUGGACCGAGUGCGUGGAGCCUCAGGAGCACGUGUGGUUGAACUGCUGGAGGCUUUUUCCGGGCCUGUCGACGAGCCACGGCCCUUUGUCGGAUGAGGAUGAUGAUGUGGCACUUCUGUCAGUGGAGAUGGAGCCAGGCGCCUGCGACACAGACGGCGACGUGGCCAUCCUUUCCCUGUCGGUGGAGACGUCUCGGUGCCCUCCGGGCCAGCGGCACGUGGGCGUCGUGAGCACGAAUCUCCGGUGGGCGCUGAAGCACUUAGUGGCGGAGCCGGUCGUGGCGCGACGAAAGGUCGUCCUAGGCGUCUUCCUCCUGGUGCUGCUUUUGUCUGCCGGGUUCUGCUGUCUCCUGAGGCCCGCCACUCACGCCCCUGUUCUCUUCCGCCGGGACACAAACCUCCAGACUCUGCUGGCUCUGAGGAGCAACCUCAGCGGCCAAGGCAUCUCCUGCCCCAUGUGCUCGGGUGUGUUCAUGGAAAAGCCACAUCUUUUGUACAGCCACGCUUCCUCGUCGGCAUUUAAGUUCUCCACACGUCAGCAGACCCAGAGCGCGUCGACCUUCUCUUCUCCUCGGAGAUUAGGAAAACCAAGUUCAAGCACCAAUCAAACAGGCUCUUUACUCACAGUUUUCAUAUCAAAAUUGGACCUCGGAGCCUCGACAACCAUUUACCGCUUCUCCCUCAACACCAGCACUCCCUCCCCAUGGAAACGGUGCAGCACAGAGCACGAAGAGGUGUCCUCAUUUCAGGCUUAUAAUCAGCCCCGUGGCAAUUACACCACCAGAAUGACAGCGUGUGUUUCCCAUGUGUACCACCCGUACCCCAGCUGGAUGAUCACAUCCACCUCAUGUGAACCCCAUCACGGCUGGACGCCAGAGUUUUCCUUUUAUGUAGCGUCGUCUCUGCAGCAGCACAGCAGGAGACUGUGCUUUGCCCAGCGCCGCCUGAGACCUCAUCCCAGCCGUGUGUGUGUCAACCCGCCUGGCUGCGGCCUCAGUUCUGGGCCUGAUGGACCCACACAGGGAACCUUUUACAUCCCUCUUCCCAGUGAUCCCUCUUCUGCUGCCAAAAUGAAAUCAUCCAAAACGUUUGGCUUCAACCCAUGCAGCGGCGGUGCGUGUGGCCAUCCAGCGGUCCGUCCUCUGGUGGACACCGGGGCAAUGGUUUUUGUUGUGUUUGGCAUCUUGGGAGUCAAUCGAACCGAAAACAGGGACAACCACGUUAUUUCCGAUAUGGGCAGCAUUAUAUUGGACCCAGACUUUGAUAUUUUCCAGGAAAUGGGGCUUCUUUGCAAGAUCUGUAAAGCUUUUAGUGCAAACACACAACUUGUAAAGCCGGGAGGAGCGCAGUGUUUGCCUUCAGGUGAUAAGCUGUCGUCGGUUCUGCCCCUGCUCCAUCCCGAGUGUCGCUCUCUCCCUGAGCCCAACCUGCUCCCCGGGCAGCUCUCUCACGGAGCGGUGGGAAUGCAUGGAGGCAAGAUCCGCUGGCUCUCCAUGGCCUUUGAGUCUACCACAUACAAAGGGAAAUCCUCCUUCCAGACCUAUUCUGACUUCCUUCAGUGGGAGAACUUCCUCCGGGAGCAGCUCGCCUCACUCCCGCCGUCCUCCGCCCUGCAACGGGGUUUCCAGACCUGCGAGCACUGGAAGCAGAUCUUCAUGGAAAUUAUAGGUGUGAAGAGUGCCCUCUGGAGUCUGCUGCUGUCUCUGGCCAUCUGUGUGGCAGCUGUGUCCGUGUUUACUGCACAUCUUCUGCUGCUGCUCCCAGUCCUCAUAACCAUUCUAGGAGUGAUCUGUCUGGUCGUAGCGAUCAUGUAUUGGCUGGGCUGGGAGAUGGGAGGAAUGGAGGCCAUUUCUCUGUCUAUACUUGUGGGAUCUUCAGUGGAUUACUGUCUGCACCUGGUGGAGGGAUACCUGCUGGCUGGGGAGGCCGUUUCCUCUAUGCCGGGUCAUAACUCAGAGCCUGGGCCCGAGAGGCAGCGCCGCACCUUGGAGGCAGUGAACCACGUGGGCGUUGCCAUACUGUCCAGCGCCGUCACCACGGUGAUCUCCACGGUGCCGCUCUUCUUCUGCGUCAUCGUGCCGUUCGCCAAGUUUGGCCAGAUAGUGGCCAUUAACACCGCCGUCUCCAUUUGUUUCACCCUGACCGUGACCGUGGCCAUGUUGGCGUGCGUGGCCCCCGCCCGCUUCAGCAGACCCCCCGCCGCGGUGCUGAAGGCCAGCCUGGCCGUGACGGCCGCCGCAGCCCUGGGAGCCGCUCUGUGCUGGGCGGGAGGUCGGCUGGGCGCGUCGGCCCGGCCGUCAGUCAGCACGUAAACACAACCGUGCGCCCGUCACACGGACGCCAGGCAGGGGAGUUCCUCUGUACGCACAACUGUAUACGCACUGUGUUCCUCCGUGUUUGGGAGAAAUAUCAGAUCAGUAAAUUAUCUUGUUCUUUACAGCACAAAGAUGUCAGAAUGUAUUCAUAUUUAGAAGCGGUUUGUCGUUACAAAGUACAUAUUUACCUUCGCAUUGAAAAUGCGGAAGGUUAUGUUUUGAUCGUCGUGUAUUUAUUUAUUUGUAUGCGUGUUAUUCGCAAAACUCAAAAAGUAUUGAACCGAAUCGCAUGAAAUUUGGUGGGAUGAUUGUUUAUUAUCCGGGGACCAGUUGAUUAGAUUUUGGGAUCGAUCGGGUCAAAGGUCAAAGGUCAUGAACAGGUCAAAAUCUUUCGCAGAACUCAAAAAGUAUUGAACCGAAUCGCAUGAAAUUUGGUGGGAUGAUUGUUUAUUAUCCGGGGACCAGUUGAUUAGAUUUUGGGAUCGAUCGGGUCAAAGGUCAAGGUCAAAGGUCAUGAACAGGUCAAAUCUUCUUGAAUCACAUGGAAUUUGGUGGGAUGAUUGGUUAUUAUCCGGGGACCAUUUGAUUAGAUUUUGGGAUCAAUCGGGUCAAAGGUCAAGGUCAUGGAAAGGUCAACAUCUUUUUUUUACCAUAGCACGAUACAUUUUUGUCCAAUUGGCAUGCAACUAAUGCCAAAAUGUUUAUAAUUCAAUGCCCAAUCUUGUGAUAUGCGAAGGUAUGCGCUCUACUGAGUGCCCAUUCUAGUUUAUUUAUUUAUUGUAUGAGUGUUAUUCGCAUAACAAAAAAAGUUUUUAACCGAAUCGCAUGAAAUUUGGUGGGAUGAUUGGUUAUUAUCCGGGGACCACUUGAUUAGAUUUUGGGAUCGAUCGGGUCAAAGGUCAAGGUCAUGAAAAGGUCAACAUCUUCUUGAAUCGCAUGAAAUUUGGUAGGAUGAUUGGUUAUUAUCCGGCGGCCAUUUGAUUAGAUUUUGGGAUCAAUCGGGUCAAAGGUCAAGGUCAUGGACAGGUCAACAUCAAUUCUUAUCCAAUUGGCAUGCAACUAAUGCCAAAAUGUUCAUAAUUCAAUGCCCAAUCUUGUGAUAUGCGAAGGUAUGCGCUCUACCGAGUGCCCGUUCUAGUUUUCACUUGUAUUGAUCGGUGGCUUUUAAGAACCUCAAAGUGCUGUGUGACUCACUGCGGCGGGUCGACCUUUCAGGGUCGAGACGACGGUUCAUCUAAUUUGAUCCGAUGUCGUCUUCGCCCUCUCGUGGAGAUAAGCGAGUCAUCGUUGGGAAAUACAGGCUGAGUCACAGUUUUCAGAAGUCACCGACUGUGACCUGCGGUUGCGAACACCGAGAGGGGGCAGCGCUCCGACGCGCGGGAUGAUUCACGGCCAUCUUGUGAAACAUCGCAUCCGUUUGAUUUCUUUGGUGCGUUUCCUUCGUUUGUGCAUUUAAUGCGUUUUCAGCCACAUCAGCAACAACGGUCACGAUGUCCAGAUGUGGCUGGAUUAAAAGUUCGACUGGUUAAGUUUUUACCGCGCACAGUUUUUUAAAAAAGUAACGCGGGAUGUUAAUGUUUUUGUGCGCUGCUCUCACACAUUCUGCACUUUUGAUGCCGCGAGCACGCACUUGUUCUGAAGAGUUGCGUAAACCAAAACGUCCAAGAAGAUAUCGGCCUCUUUUAUUUUUUAACCCUUUCACGCGUUUUUACCUCGGAAACUCAAACUGCUUGAACGUCCCUAUUUUUGUGUCAUCAGCACCAACUGAGAGAGACCUCUCGUCAGCUCCUCAGGUGUGCCCUCUACACGUCCGCCACUGCACUUGUAGACACUUCACCUGUAACCCGCUCUGCACUCACACGGCUCCGAGCGCCACUCAAACACCCACCGGCGCCGGCUCCGGUCGGCCCCGCGGUGAAGGUGAGGGCCAUUUGUCAAACGGCACUACGCGAUAAUGGCUCGGGGGGAGGGAGGGGGAUGGACUCACUUGAGUCGUAGCUUUCUGUUUUGUGUGUGUUACUUUUUGAAUGUCAAAUAAAAACCGAUGCAGAAAGCC